GGUGGGUAUGAACUUGCAACUUCUCCAGAAGGUGUAGGGAGCAAAGUGAAGUAAAUAAAACUGAAGGGAGCAAAGUGUAAUUACUUGACCCCGUUUCAAUUCAAUCCCCAGUCGGAGAGACUGCCAGAGAAGAGCUUGUGCGAGACGACUGAGCAGACGAGAACGAAGCAGACGUUUGCUCUGUCUCGCACCCAAAAGCGGCAGAAGGAAGAAGAAGAAGAAGCAGCAGCAGACAAUUGGGAAGUACGCAUCAACAAUGGCGCCCGCCGUACUGUGGCUCCUCACGGUCGCUCUCCUCUCCAUUUCCACUUCCGCUGACGUCCAGAUGAAAGUGGCCAAUAACCCUGCAGACCAGUUGGUUGAUGUACUCAACAAAAAUCGGACGGCCCACAAGGCUUCAUCCCUCUACAACAACGCGGGUCUUGCUUGCAUUGCUCUGCAGUACAUCAAAGCCUACGAAGGGGAUUGUGGUGCAGUGGGUGGCGCUGAUGCAAAGAAGCCUGCUGACUCGGAAUUCGCUGCGACUUUCACCCCUAACUGUGGGGUCCAGGUCUCAAGCUUGUCUCAGAUAACCGGCCGUCUACUUGGGUGUCAGACCAAGUAUGUGAAGCCCUCCGAGGCAUUCUCCGAGAUCUUAAUGAAGAAUGAGAAGAGCAUAAACAUCGUCACGGAUAAGAACCAUACAGAGGUAGGGGCCGCUGUGAGUGGGAGCGAUGGUGGGUCGCCCUAUUUCUGGUGUGUGCUGUUCAGCAACGGGAAGGCCAAUAGUAGCUUCACCUUCGAGGGUGGUGAGCCGAGGAUAUCAACGCCCGGGUGUUUCAGCGGGGCCAAUGAUGAAUGCAGUGGGACCCACCGAUCUCAGACCCUCUAUCUUUGGCCGUAUGUCGCUGCGGCUUUGGUCACCGUUGGGUAUGGUCUCGGGCUAUGAUCGGACGGAACUGAAGUUAGAUUUUUCUCACAUCUUCCUGUGAAUUUGUUGUAUUCUAUUUGGGCUCGGAGACCCCAUCUUGUUACAAGUGUGAUAGUGUAUAUGGGAAGGACUCCUCGAUUCAUUCUCUUCAUUGAGAGGUCUUCCCUCUCGAGCUAUUAGUUUUUCACACACUAUGGCCCUUAAUAUAUAUUUGAUGCUGUGCGAAA